AUGGGGCACAGAUUGGUCUGUGUUGGCUUGUACUGGUUUAUACUGGUCCAUACUGCCCUGUACUGGUCCAUACUGGUCUGUACUGGCUCUUACUGGUCCUUACUGGUCCAUACUGGUCCUUACUGGUCCGUAUCGGUCCUUACUGGUCUGUACUGCUCUGUACCAGUCCAUACUGGUUUGUACUGGUCCUUACUGGCCCGUACUGCUCUGUACUGGUCAGUUCCGGUCCAUAGUGGUUUAUACUGGUCCGUACUGGUCCUAACUGGUCGUUACUGGGCAGAGGCGCGGGAGUGUGUGAACUGCGGGGCCACAGCGACGCCGCUCUGGCGCCGGGACGGCACCGGGCACUACCUGUGCAACGCCUGCGGGCUGUACCACCGGCUGAACGGGCACAACCGGCCGCUCAUCCGCCCCAAAAAGCGCCUGCUGGUGAGCAAACGCGCGGGCACCGUGUGCAGCAACUGCCAGACCAGCACCACGACCCUGUGGAGGCGCAGCCCCCGCGGGGACCCCGUGUGCAACGCCUGCGGGCUCUACUACAAACUGCACCGGGUGAGAGAACAUCCCAAAAUAGCCACAAAAUAGCACAGAAUGUCCCAAACGCACCCCAGGACAUUCAAAUUGCCCC